AGUCAAUCGCAACAAUGAACCCAGCACUGAACCUAGACACGCCUCCACCCCCGCCUCCGAAGCCAGACAGCCACGAGGCCAGUCGCCGGGGUACGCCGCAGCUCAACCCCUCGCACCCGGGAACACCGCAACCACCCUACCGAGCAGACAUGCACCACUACACCCCCCACACAAGCCAACCGGGGCCGUCUCUCCCCAAACCCCCCAGCGCCGAAGAGGGCUGGCUACCAGAGCCCGUGAAGGACAAAUCAACGGUGGACCUACAGACGAUCCUGCAAGAUCCGAACCUCAUCUCGGCGCUAGCAAGCCGACACCCUUCCUUCAGCGCGCAUCAGGAAUACCUCCUGUCCUUACUCAAGUAUAACAAGGACCUGGCGGCCCAUUUACUCGAUCUGCAGGCGCGGGUUGGAGAAUUGCGCGGCGAGACGGAGACGCUUCUGCUUACACACCAGUCGCUAGAGGUCUCGUGGCGGAAGAAGCAGGUGGAUAUGGACGCUGCGCUGGCGCCGUGGUCGCCUAAGGCGCUGUAUCAGCGGCUUGCCGGGUCGAUCGGGGAGCAGGAGGCGGUGUGUCAGGCCGUCGAGGAGAGUUUUCUGGAGGGGGAGCAUCAUGGACGGGCGACGGAGAAGGAGGUUGCGGAUUGGGUGAGAAGGGUGCGGGCUGAGGGGGCGAAGUUGGAAGCUAGGAGGGAGGCGAAGGCGAGGUGGGAUGAGGGGAGGGUUGGGGGGUGGAGGUGAUAUGGUACACGGUAUACUUACUGUGUGUGAGUUGAAUGAUGAAGUUCUAACUUGGAGGUAUAUGGUCGGACUAUGGGCAUACGGCUAUGACUAACUAACAUUGGGAGGACUGCAAUAUCCAACACACCCUGUAUUGGGUCUUUUAGCGCGGCUUCUUUUUUUUUUUUUUUUUUU